UUAUUUGCAGCGCCAUGCCUCCGGGUUUCAUGUCAGCUUUUUGUUCCCUGUGCAGGCAGAAUGCAGGCUGUGGGCUAAGGAACAAUACUGUACUCAGAACACAGCCUUGCAGGAUGGCGCAGGCAGACAGCAAGGUGCUGGUCCUGGGGGCUUUAGCUGGAGUGGCUGGCGUCAGUUUGGCCGUGGUGUGGUACCAGGGCUUCAGGUCGAGGCGAAGAGCGUCAUGUCCGGGGUACUACCUGAACCGCACCAAUGGACAGGGUACUAGCAUGAUGUUGGUGGACGGUCCAGGUCUGCCCAGAGGUCAGGUUGAGGUGCUGGAGCGCCUCGAGGCCCUGAUCCAGUGCGUGUCCGAGCUGAAGGACGAGAUGAAGUCGCUGAAGAACGCUCUGCCGACGCUGCCCAACCAAGUCAGGGAGGAGCUGAUGGGACGCGACGAGGCCCCUCGAGCAAGUGCCCUCCACAGGACCACACCGACACGGAGGAAAAGAGCUGCAGCAUCCCUCGCCGGGGCCGCAUCCGGGGGGAGGAGCUCAGAGGAAGCAGAGAGUGAGGGCGGGUAUAUGACUGCACUGACAGACUCUGAUGAUGAAGAGCCAAGUGAUGCAGAACAGAGCGAUGAAGAACAACCCGCAGACAUGCUCUGUGUUCUUCUCGAGAGGAUCGACCUUUUGCACAAGGGCACGGACUCUGAAAAAAGAGAAAGUCUACAACUCCUUCUGGAGAACAGAGAUGAGUUUGGAAAGAACUCAGUAUUUCUCUGGCGGCUGAUCCGAGCGUACUGUGAUGUCCACGAUAUCAGCUCCACUCUGGAGGAGAAGAAGUCCCAUGCAGAAACUGGGAAGAGAGUUGGUGAGGAGGCAGUGUCCCUGAACCCAUCAUGUGCUGAAAGUCAUCAGUGGUACGCCAUCAUGUGUGGAAUAAUGGCAGAAUAUGACACAGUGCAGAACAAGAUAAAGAACGGAUACAUCUUUAAGGAUCAUCUGGAUAAAGCCAUUGAGCUGAAGCCACAAGACCCCUUGUCCUACUACCUCCUGGGACGCUGGUGCUACGCUGUGGCUCAGCUGUCGUGGAUUGAGAGGAAAGUUGCUGCUACGCUAUUUGGAGAUCCUCCGAGUGCCACCGUGCAAGAUGCACUGAGUAACUUCCUAAAGGUUGAAGACAUCCAGCCAGGAUAUUCCAAAGUCAACUACGUGUUUCUAACUAAGUGCUACAAAGACCUGGGGCAGAGGGAAAAAGCCAGGAAGAUGUGUGAAGCUGCUUGUUCAAUGAAUGCCGUGUCCAAAGAGGAUGAAGAUGCACAGAAGGAGCUGGACGUGCUCCGCCCGGCACUGGGAAUGUGACCACAGCAUGCACAAGCUCCUGGAAAUGUGUUUUCCAUGUGCUACAGGAUGUGUGUGUGGGUGCGUGUGUGUGUGUGUGUGGGUGUGUGGGUGUGGAUUGAAAGGACAUCAUGUUAAUUCACUCUGUGAGUGGAGGGAAAUCUUCAAUGGGAACCGUCCUAUAGAGUUUUAAUUCCAAGUCUGUUUACACUUUCCAUGGUUUAUAAUGCAUUAUAAUAUGCUUAUAGUGCCGGAUAAUUAGAGUUAAAAGCACUCGUAAAUAGUCAACAACAAUCAUAGCACAUUAUAAAGCCUUUUAUAAUAUAUACUUCAUCAUUUCCUUUAGUUGGAAAACUUUAGAAUGUUUUAACAAGGUGUUAUAAUCAAUGUCAAAGUACUCAUUGUUUGCUUUCUGUGAAAGAAGUAUCAAUAAUUCUAUGCAAGGAAAACACACACAAUACUUUAAACUAUUAAAAAAAACAAUGACCACUCUUAAAACAUUAUAAUACAUUCAUUAUUUAUUCUUUCACGUUCAUUAAACCGUGAUGUCAUAAUGCAUGGCUCUAUAAUGUGUUGUGAUUGCUGGCAUUAUGAAUAGUUAUGAGUGCUUGUGGCGAUUAUUACUUGGAGAUUAAUAUGCCUUAUAUUGUAUAUUAAGCAAUAUAGACUUCAUAGAAAGUGUUACCCAGAUAUUUAUACUAGUCUCUUUUUGAUUUUAUAGUGGAACAUCAGGAGCUCUCACUUGUACUAACUCAGUGAGACAAAAAGGUUUUCCAUAUCUUGGAUAAUUAAGCCGGGUUUUAAAGUACAUUUUAAUCAUUUCAACCGUAGCAGAGAUGGGGUUAAUCACACGUAGUAAAGUCUGUGAUUGUUAGUGUAUACUUGUAUAUUCAGUGGAUCCACGUGUACAGCAGCCAUAGUCACCUGUCGCUUUUUAGGAAGUGACCCGUUUGUUGUGUCUCCCACCUCACAUUCAAGAGGCAAUAACAAAAGCACAUCAGACAAUGGCGCACCCAAACAGAGAGAUUGGAAUGCUGUGACCGCCGGCGACCUCCUGCCCUCUUCACUCUGCCGUCACUCUGCUGUCUGGCUGCAGGAACACGGUUUAUGUUCUUUACAGUGCUUUUUUUUAUUUGUUGACUUUGGUAUCUGGUCAUAGAAUACAUUGACCAUUCAGAUACAACUCGUACUGUUCAGCUGUUAGAGUGGUGCAGGAAUAAGUCCUAAAAGAAAUAAUCGUACCCCUUCUCGUUCGCUUGUUUUAAAUUCACACUUUUUUAACAUGUUUUUCGUUGGGUGCCUCAGAUGAAAGAGGGUACAGAUUUCUAAUGUCUAGAUGUUCAUUUGGUUUGGACCAAAACUCAACUCUGUUUUGACCCCAGUUCUGUUUAGGAUUGAUUUCUUCUACUAUCUUCUGCCCUAUAAGGAAUGAGUCGUAAACCCUUUUAUUCAGUUCCCUUGUCUGUAAGUCACUGGUCUGUAGUCAACACAAGCUUAACAAAUCUUUACGUUUGGUUCUACGACAUAAAACAUGUCAGUAAAUACCCCACUCGUGAAUGUCCGAAAGCUUUUAUGCAUCUUAAAAACAGCAGCUGCUAACAAGAGGCAAAAUGAGAGUGCUCAACAUCAUCCCACUGUGAUUUAGAUUGUUUAUAGCCGCUAGCAUACCGUGAUUUAUUUACUACUGGUGAUUGCAUUCACACUAAACAAAUCACAAAGUGGUGGUAAUACGUGGAGAAGAUCCUGCUGAACAAAACGUGUGUUUGCCACAGACUUUAUUUUAGCAAAAUACUGAAUUGAAAUUGAAUAAUCCCAUUAGCUUUUUGUGGAGGCAGCCCUUUGCGACGCUAACAUCCGCGUCAUCCUACAAAAAUACGUCAUCACUGCACCGCUCUAUUUCAGUCUAAUCCCAGCAGUCAUUAAAUUGACCCAGACAACUCCUGAGACAGUGUUGUUUUAAUGUUAGGAUCUGGGUAUGUUAACCUCACGGAAUACUUUGACUCUUCACAAGAGGACAUGUCUUGGGUUUUAGUUGACCCAUGAUAUUUACAAUUUGAGACUAAUCUCCAGAUGUCCUCAGAAGGAAUUAGAAAGUGAUUUCCCGGUUGCUUCUGUGAAUUAAAGGUUCAUUACAGAACCUCUUUUAUAACUCAAGUUUUAUAAAGUAUCCGUAUGGGGGGGGGGGGGGGGGGGUCCUUUGAUGUUCAUCCCUUUUUCUUAAAAAAAAAUGUACAGGGACAUCCUUUCAUUUCAUUUCGUCUCUUAUAUUGUUUUAAAAUCUGCGUAAUCUGAAGAAAUUAGACAUCGGUUUUAGUAAGGGCUUUUCCUAUGUCAGAGGAAGUGGACCCCAACCUGGUAUGCCGUGUAAAAACAACAUUUUUAUACACUACAUAUAAAUAAUACCCUAUCACACUGGUUCAUUGGAGGUUUACUCAGAUUUCUCUUAAUGUAAAAACACUUCUGUUUAAGUGACAAAAGAAACAUAUAAAGAUGUAAAGAGUUGUUUGUCAUUUUGUUUCUAUUUGUUACAAGAAUAAUAGAUCAAUUGCUCCGUACCGAGACUCUAAUGAAUAUAUCAGAGGACGCAGAGCUGUUGACACGAUGUGAUGGUACGUACUGUGAACUGCAUUCCAGAUGUUAAUGAUUUUACACAUGUGCUAGGUGUGAUGCAUUUUGAUUGGCUCUUGAGACUCUAGAAUUUAAAUUGUGUUGUUACUUGAAUUGUGAAAAUGACGUAAAGUAAUUUGUAUUUGUCACAUUUUUUUUUUCUACCAGCGCUACGAAUGUAGGCGAUUGAUUUUUCUUCAAAUGCCAAAGCAAGCAGACUCAUUGUCAGAUAUAAACACUACAGAGGGAUUAUACUGCGGAGUGUGUGAAUGAUUAAUGGUUCUGUACUCAUUAAAUCCAUGCAAUCCUGA